CCUUCAUCACUGUCCCGUCCUGUCCUCCACACCAUCACCGCACCGCACUCACUUCACUACUACUCACACUACUCACAGUGAGAUAGAGAGAGAGAGAGAGAGAGAGAGAGGCCAAACCAGUGACCGAUAGUGAGAAAGACAAGAGAACCUCAGAAAGCUCAGUGCCAACGAGAAUGUCGACCCUCGCAAGCCUCACGCGUCCCGCCCUUGUGCUCCUCCUCCUCGCCCAUCUCUCGAUCUGCAACGGCUUCUCAGUCCUGGACACGAAAAGCGCCCCACUGGAGCCCUCUGUCGUCUUGGGGAAGGCACAGUGCUCCGGGAGCAUCGGGGAGUGCCUGACGGACCCCUCGGAGAUGGAGUCGGACAUCAGCCGGAGGGUCCUCCUGAUGCAGAAGAGGUACAUCAGCUACGAGACCCUGAAGAGGGACAUUGUGCCCUGCACCACGCCCGGCGCUUCCUACUACAGGUGCGACGCCGGCCAGGCUAAUCCCUACUCUAGAGGCUGCGAGGUCAUCGCCGGGUGUCGGACUAGCAGGGACAUCAAGAAUUGAUCGAUCGAUCGAUCGUUCGAUCGUGCCGGAAACAAACUCAAUCGAGCUGGUAAAAAAAGAAUCUGCUCUUUUCCUCUGAUUGAUCUUAUCUGUGAAGUUAUGGGUUGGGUUUGGUAAGAAAGUAUUACUAUGCUAUGAUAUGAAAUGGGCAAUUCAAAGCAUGUUAGCUUAAUUAUUAAUUUAUGUACGGUAAUGAUGAAGAAUUAAGGCCUGAUCAUAUGUACACUUGCUGGCUUGCAUCAAUCUCAUCCAAUGAGUAACUAUCCGUCGGUUGGCUUUGUAUUGCAUAAGAACCGAGCAUUGAAGGGAUCGAUCGAUUUGAAAUGCCGCAUUACUAAUGCAAUUCCUUUGUUUAUGAGCUUA